GCCAAAGAGCCUAACUCCUACCAGCUCCCAUCGUCAACAGCCUGGACAACCAUCAACUCAUUCGGGUGCCUACUGCCGUCCGAAGACAUCUAUCUACCUAACCGUGUUGCCAGCGGUUUUUUCUUGACACUUUAUUCCAAAAGUCUCCCUGCAAGCCUUGAUCGCAAACCGCCCAAGAUGGCAACCGAUUUUGAGACUAUCGCGAAGCAAUUCGUCGAGUUCUACUACAACACCUUCGAUGCCGACCGCAAGAACCUCGGAUCACUUUACCGAGAGCAGUCCAUGCUCACCUUCGAGUCGGCUUCGGUCAUGGGCACCAACUCCAUCGUCGAGAAGCUUGCCUCUCUCCCUUUCCAGAAAGUAAAGCAUGAAGUGUCCACCCUUGAUGCGCAGCCAACUGUCGAAGGCGGUAUCCUGAUCUUGGUUACCGGACAACUCCUGGUUGACGAGGAGCAACGCCCCAUGAACUACUCCCAGGUCUUCCAGCUGCUCAGAGACGCGUCUCAGCAGUAUUUCGUGUUCAACGACAUUUUCAAGUUGAUCUACAGUUGAGCCACCGAUUGUGAUGAAUACCCAGAUGGCUCGAGGUGAGGGGAAAGGGUACUUGCAUAUCUUGCCCUCCUGGUGACUGAAUGGGAACGUUGCCUGCUUUUCGGAAGGCCCCUUAUAGAUGGGGGGCCAAUCUAGGUAGAGCUUUGAGAAGACUGUUUUCAGCCCUUGAUUGCCAAUUUAGAUAUGGAAGCUGUAUUCUCAAAGGUUGUGCGAUUCAAGCAGUAGUUAACACUAAUGGUAAACUUUAGUGGAAGCAUUGCGACGGCCCUGGC